GCGUGCGCGUGAGCUCGAGGACGCGCGUUCCUCGAGGCGCGGUAGAGGAUCACGUUCACGCAGCGCGAGAGCUAACCGCCGAGUCGUGUUGGACCGAGUCGUCACCCUGUGCGCCGAAUAUCUCCACAGCUUAUAGCUCGCAGCGCGGACUUGCGACCUGCCUGCAGCAAAUAAAGAAGAAGCGUGUGAGAGAAGAGAUAUACGUUACAAAAAGCAUAUCUGUAUGAACGGGGGACACGGACACACAUUAUGGUCCGGGAAACCAGACAUCUAUGGGUGGGGAAUUUACCCGAAAAUGUGCGAGAAGAAAAAAUCGUCGAACAUUUUAAACGGUAUGGGAGGGUGGAGAGCGUCAAGAUCCUGCCAAAGCGAGGCUCCGAAGGCGGCGUGGCAGCCUUUGUGGAUUUCGUGGACAUUAAGAGCGCACAGAAGGCUCACAACUCCAUCAACAAGAUGGGGGACAGAGACCUGCGGACCGAUUACAACGAGCCGGGCACGAUCCCCAGCGCCGCACGUGGACUGGACGAUAGCCUGUCCUUAGGCAAUCGCGGGCGGGACGUUUCAGGGUUCGCAAGGGGUGCGGGGGGUCCGGUCUAUGGGCCCCCCACGUCCCUGCACAGCAGAGAGGGUCGCUAUGAACGCAGACUAGACGGGGCUUCUGACGGCCGGGAGCGUGCCUACGAUCACAGUGCCUAUGGACACCAUGAACGUGGCGGUGGUGGUGGGGCCAACUUUGAGCGUCAGCGACACUACGACACGGACUACUACCGCGACCCCCGGGAGCGUGCGCUGGUGGGCCCUGGCGCUGGCUCCGGCUCUGUCGGGGGGUGUGUGGCAGGUUCCGGAGCGGGCCCUGGAGGGGUGGGAGCUGGCGGCGGGGCGGGUGCCGGAGGGAGCAGCAGCGCCGGUGGCGGGGGAUCCUCUUCAGGCACGGUGGGCUACUAUGGCUCUCGCAGCCGCAGCCCGAGCCGCUUCGAGGCCCCUGAGCCUCGGUAUGAGGCACGUGCCCGCGAACCCUUCGCCCUGUCCAGCGUCGUGCAUCGUGACCUGUAUCGCGAAGAACGUGGCCGGCGCGCCGAGCGCGUCUACCACCACAGCCGCAGCCGCUCGCCCCACUCCUCACAGUCCCGCAACCCCUCGCCGCAGCGGCUGGCCGGCCAGGCCUCUCGGGCUGCCCGCUCCCCCAGUGGCUCCGGCUCCUGCAGCCGCUCAUCCAGCUCAGACUCCGUCAGCAGCAGCAGCAGCAGCAGUAGUGGCAGCAGCGAUUCCAGCAGCAGCUCAAGCGAUGAGUCCCCAGCGCGGUCGGUCCAGUCUGCUGCAGUGCCUGCUCCUCCUGCCCAGCCCCUGCCAAACCUCGACAAGGAUGAGCCCAGAAAAAGCUUUGGCAUCAGAGUACAAAACCUGCCUGUGCGUUCCACAGACACAAGUCUUAAAGACGGCUUAUUCCAUGAGUUUAAAAAAUACGGGAAGGUGACAUCGGUCCAGAUCCACGGGGCAUCGGAGGAGCGUUACGGCUUGGUCUUCUUCCGGCAGCAGGAGGAUCAGGAGAAGGCGCUCAGUGCAUCCAAGGGGAAGCUCUUCUUCGGCAUGCAGAUCGAGGUCACAGCCUGGAACGGCCCAGAGACUGAAAGUGAGAAUGAGUUUCGGCCACUGGACGAGCGGAUAGACGAGUUCCACCCAAAGGCGACGCGGACUCUGUUCAUCGGGAACCUAGAGAAGACCACCAGCUACCACGACCUGCUGAACAUCUUCCAGCGUUUUGGUGAUAUUGUGGACAUAGACAUAAAGAAGGUGAACGGUGCCCCCCAGUAUGCCUUCCUGCAGUACUGUGACAUCGCCAGCGUCUGCAAGGCCAUCAAGAAGAUGGAUGGGGAGUACCUGGGCAAUAACAGGCUAAAGCUUGGCUUUGGGAAGAGCAUGCCUACAACAUGCGUGUGGCUGGAUGGACUGUCUUCCAACAUUACCGAGCAGUACCUGACACGUCACUUCUGUCGCUAUGGACACGUAGUCAAGGUCGUGUUCGACAGACUGAAGGGGAUGGCCCUUAUCCUGUACAAUAACAUAGAAUGUGCACAAGCAGCAGUCAAAGAAACCAAGGGCUGGAAGAUCGGAGGCAAUAAGAUCAAGGUGGAUUUCGCUAACCAGGAGAGUCAGAUGGCAUUCUAUCGCUCAAUGCAGGCGUCUGGGCAAGACAUCAGGGACUUCUAUGAAAUCAUUACUGAGCGAAGAGAUGAACGCAGGCCUCCAUAUCAUGAGUACUCAGCGGAACGGGCCUACUAUGAGAGCGUGCGUGCCUCUGCUGCCUAUGCAGAAGACCCUCGUCGCGAGUACCCUGUGAGGGGACGCGAUUUCUACCCAGAGUGGGACCCUUAUCAGGGAGACUAUUAUGACCCACGCUACUUUGAUGAUCCUCGUGAAUAUCGGGACUACCGUGACCCUUAUGAACAAGAUAUCCGCAAAUACAGCUACCUCCAACGGGAGAGAGAGCGGGAAAGGGAGCGCUUUGAGACUGAUCGCGAGCGUGACCAUAGCCGACGCACCAUCGAGCGAAGUCAGAGCCCUUCACAUCCACGCCGUCCAGGAACCCCUACUGCCUCUCCUUCCCCAUCUGAACGCAUGCCUAGUGAUGCAGAAAGACGCAUGUACAGUCGCUCUGACCAAAGCGGCAGCGGUAGCUGCAGCUCAAUUUCACCGCCUCGUUAUGAGAAGCCUGACAAGAUGAGAACAGAGCGCUACAACAAAAGCGAGAAGGUAGAAAAAGAGCGGCAAAUUUUGGAAGCUGAAAGGAGCAGUGGUGCGGACAAAGACAAGCGUGCAGGACGUAAGGAGAAAGCUGAAAAGGAGAAAGGGGAGAAACCUAAGCAAAAGAAGGUUAAGGUGCCGUCUCCCAGCAUCCCUUCCUCUGAAACGGAGCCUGAACCUGAUCAAGAAACUAGCCCAGAUACAGGAUCUCGAAACAAACUUGGCAAGGUGUUAAGCAAGGAAAAAGAUAGUUUGGGCAAGGGGCGUCUGGACUUGCCACCUUGUGUUGUGCAGUUGACACGUGUUAAGGAGAAGGAGGAUAAAUUGCUUGACCAAGCUGUUGUUGAGAAACAGAGGUUGAAGAAUGAGAGUGACAACGUUUGGUCUCCACCACUGCCCCCACCUCCCACUGAAAAAGGAGCACGUGCCGAGCUUCAAAAAGGAGAGCCUUUUAAGCAGGGGAAAGUUCAAAAGGAAAAGGGACCUAUUGAAUCGGUAGACAAAGAAAGUAAGGUCAAAAUCAAGAAGCAUCCAAAAUCUGACUCUGUAACAGAUGGCACUAACUCAAACACUGAUGUAGAUCGGUUGGCAGCUCGAAAGAGGCGUUUUGGGGAUACUGGUGGCAAAGCAGAUCGCGUGAAGAAAACAAGCCAGGAAAGAGAGGAGGCAAAGCUCGGGCUAAAAAAGCAGAGUGACACUGGUGCUAUUCCAAAAGAGGUAGACGGUGAGAGGAAGAUGCCACGGAAAGAAUCUCUCAAAAAAGAAUGUCGCAAGGCUAAAUUAGACAGACUUGCUAUUGUCUGCAGCCCUAAGGAAGGUGAGGAGUCUGGGGCAGUUUCAGUGGUAAGCUUAGGGCUUAGCUCAGAUCUCCAAGCAAGACUUGGGGAACCCAUAGAAGAAGCUAUGGAAAUCUCUGUCCCUAACAGAAGUAAACCUCAGUGUCUUGGUCUCCUUCGUGUGUUCUCAAAUGAUGGUAGUGUAGACCAAGAUGAUGCAAGACUGCAAGAGCGACCAGACUAUUUGGAGAAUAGCGAAAAGGCCCUAUUACCCGAGAAGUCUAUAGGGUUGGGGGAUGAACAGCUCACCAUGGACAUCGAUCACACACAAAGCUAUCGCAAGCAGAUGGAGCAGAAUCGGAAACUCCAACAACAGCUGCAGGAGUCUGAUAAACAGUGCAAGUCUGACAGUCCUCGAGGCACUGACACAGAGGAUUUUGAGCAUCGCAGCCUGGUGCACGAGGUCGGGAAACCACCACAAGAUGUUACAGAUGAUUCCCCGCCUAGCAAAAGGAAAAAGCCCGAAUCAUUUGAUUAUGACUCGGGUGGCAAGCGGGAACGUAAUUACCGCAGUUCCCGGCAACUAAGUGAAGAUUCUGAUAGAAACAUAACUUCCCCUCCUGGGCUGCGACAGUUUAAUUACCAUGAAGAAGGCAUUACAGAUGCAUCUUCUGUGAUGCCUAGUGUACAAUAUGGCUUGGAUGCAGCAGUCAGUAAAGGAAGAGCCUCCCAGCCAGAACUGCCCAAGCUAAAAACUCCUCCUCUGGCUUGCGAGGAGGAAGUACCUCAGCGCUGGGAGAGUCGGAUAAAGCAGGACUUACGACUCGAUGUGAGCUUCUCCAGCAGUACUGUGAAAAGUGAAGGCAUCUGCAAACCUGUAGAACAUGAUCUCGAACCAGGGGAGGUAAAGUCUGAUUCUGAGGAAGAUGGUGAAAACAAAAGACACUCCCCUAAGCCCUCCACUUCUCUUUCCUACCGCCUUAGAGAACGUGAAGAAAGGCUGUCAGACCUAAAGCUGUCUACACCCCUAGAGAGAAACAAGUUUUACUCCUUUGCACUGGACCAGACCAUUACUCCAGAUACCAAAGCACUGCUUGAACGAGCUAAAUCAUUAUCCUCUUCUCGUGAGGAUAACUGGUCCUUCCUGGGCUGUGAAUCUCCUUUUGCCAGUUUCCGCACUAAUAAGGAUAAAGAGAAAGUAGAGGUUGCGCCCCGGCCUAUUCCUAACUGGUACACAAAGAAGAAGAUUCGAAAGAAGACUGGGUCAGAUGGAAAUCUAGAUGAUAAAAAGGAAGAACCAAAGCCAGAGGAGCAGGAGCGUCAAGAACUAUUUGCCUCCCGUUUUCUUCAUAGUUCCAUUUUUGAACAGGACUCGCGACGCCUGCAACACCUUGAGCGAAAGGAUGAGACUGAGCAGGGUCUUGACCAACUACUGGGUAGGCAAGGCAUGUUAGAUGGACAUCUUGGAACAGAAGCAACUGAUCUACAGGAGCCAAUGGUGCUUUUUCAUAGCCGUUUCUUGGAGCUGACAAGACUGCAGAAGGAAAGGGAUCAACGAACACAGGAGUCUGGAAAAGUAAGUGAUGGCAUUGGAAGAGAGAAACCACCAGAUGGAGAACGGCAGAUUUCGAAAAUGCCUGAGCCAUCAUUGGAGCCAGAUGUCAAACCUCGCCCUUCAACAGUUUUUCCAACUUCUGUGUUGCUCCCAGCCACUCGGGAUUUGUCACCAUUGCAGGAGAAAAUACCCCAGACCACAGGUACCUUAAACAUAAAGGAAGAAAAUGUGCAAGUUGAGAAGACAACUCAUCUUCAGUCUCUGCCUCAGUCAGAUGUCCAGCCGGCACACUCUCUUGGAAUAAUCCCUCCAGAACCUCUUUCACAGAAAACUGAAAUAAAAAUGGAACCAAAGGAGGAAAUAUCUGAAAUAAGAACUCCAGUUGAAAAUGCUGUGACUAUGGAGCCCUCCUAUCUUGAUAUCAAACCUCCCACUCCUGGGGCAUCACUGAGCAGUUUAGAUUCUGACCACCAGCCCCAGCUUCUGAUUGAGUCUAUUUCCCAUCUUGACUCUAUGCCAGCUGAACAAGUAAUUCCAGACUGUUACAAGCCCGAAAUAAAUGAAAAUGUCAAAGAAACAGAACUACUGCCAGGAAAAGCUGAAUCCCAGGAUGUUGAGAUGCAGCAUGGUGUAGAGGAAUCCCAUGAUUCUCAAAUACAAGAUGAUGCAGAGGUGGAGCCAGUACUACCCAUCCGAAAACCCAAAAACAAAAGCUCUAAACCUCUGCCAACAGCGUCAGCUGCUCCUGUGGUUCAAAGAGCAAGUACAGAGAAACAAGCAACUCGCAAAAGUGAACGCAUUGACAGAGAGAAGCUGAAGCGUGCAUCGUCACCCCGUGGAGAGGUUCACAAGACCAUGUGUGACUCGAGAACAGCUAAGUCACCCAUUCAUGCUCCUGACACUGAACAGAACUAUGAGCAAAGCCUGCCAUUUAGCCGGGCACGACGUCGAAAUGUGAAGUCAGUCUAUCUCAUACAGCCAACUGCAAAGGAUAUAACAGAGUCCCCUCGCUCUACACGUAAGCGUGGUGGGGACAAAGAACUGCCACAGCAGGACACAUCACAGGACUCAGUAAAUCCGCCAAACCCUCCCAGGCGAGGUCGCCCCCCAAAACCAAAGCAACGUGAGAUGGACAUGUCGCCAGUGAAGGGUGACCUGCCAAAAAAGCCAGAAACGGAAGAGAUAGACAACAAAGAGACAACUGUCAGUUCAGAGGUUACUAAAGCAGAAGGAUGGCGCUCACCUCGCACACAGAAAGCGCAGUGCAAUCAGGUGUCCCCUCCUGCUGGACUUGGGCAGAGCAAGAAAGGUGGAAAAACUGAGAAAAUGCUGAACAAUAUAGCUCAUCACGUGGAACAUGGAAGUGAGGAUGCUAUGGCUGUUAAUGAUUUCCAUGCCAAGUAUAAAGAUGAUGCUGUCCAGGAGACUGUAAAAUCAAAAGAUGAAAUCAGACAGCAGAUGACAUUUCAGCAUGAGUCUGACAAAGAAGGAAGUGAUCUUAUGGACAGUAAAACAAACAAAGAGAAGUUGGAGAAAGCAGCAGACCCUUCAAUAUCUGAAAAACGGGCACCGUUUGAGAAAAGUGGAAAAGCGAAGGUACCAAGGAUAACACGCAACACAAAGCCUAUAACAGAGGACAGUUCACUGAACCUGAGAAAUCUAGAGAUCCGGCUGAGCAUGGAUGAGGUAAAGGGUCUGUGUUCAGGAGAGGCAGAGCCUGAAUCUUAUGAAGCAGCUGUAGAGAAGCCUAAAGUGGGGGGAAGUGUCAAAGAUGAGACGCUCAGUUGCCAAAAGGAGGUCAUAGAAACCACCUCUUGUUUGGAAGAAGAGGUCUCAGACAGUGAGUCCCAGGCAAACCCAGCCUCUACCCAGCUGGCUCGGCAGAUGGAGCUGGAACAAGCUGUUCAGCACAUUGCCAAGCUGACAGAAAGUCCUACAUUGCCUCCAUAUAAAGAUCCCCCUACUCAGCUGCCUGUGCUUAUACCCCCAGUAAUAGAUGAGCCAGUAAGUGAAGUUGAGGAGGAAAAACCAGCUAACCCUGCAAGUGAGACAGAACUGGCAGCUGCUAUAGACUCCAUAACUGCAGAGGAUAUCUCAACUGAUGCUGAAGGAUUCUCAGGUCCUCCCACUUACACUGAAAUUAUUCCUACCCCAGAGCCACUUCUGCCCUCUGCUGGUGAUGCUAUGGAACCAGAGACCCAUUUAGUCAUUAUGGAUGCAGACCCGGAAAUGCAGACCAUGAUCCCGGAAUCCAAGGCUGUGGACCCAGCUCCUAGCCCAGCUUUACCAGAAACACCAAAGAAAGGAGUCAAAGUUAGGCCUAAAGCUCAAAAGCCCAGACCACGCAAAGGAAGUGCCAGCAAAAAAGGGGAUACUGCUGAAGAUUGUGCUUCAGAGCACGAAUCCACACCAGUCAAACUGCAGGAAUCUGCAGCUAAUGAAACUCCAACUGACAAAUCGAGAACAGAAAGUAGCAUAUCAGGUGCAGCUGCAGUUCUCACUACAGUUGACUCUCGUAAUCGGGAGAGCGAGGACAUUGAUGUCCCAAAGGAAGUGGAACAACCUCAUUUUGGGCAGUCUGAUGGGUGGAAUCGUUCCUCUACUUCUUUCCAGAGUAUACAACAUCCACACACUGAAACAACCCCUGCAGCAUCCCUAAGCCAGUUACAUCUCACACCCUCGCAUACGGGAAAAAUACCGUGUCCCCCAACUGAUCUUCACAUGUCAAAGGACCCUGGAGUCCAUUCUAGUCCCUUGCCACAAAGUACAGUGGCCCCACUUUCUGCUCCAGUAACAAUAGCAACCACUUCCUCAGGAAAUCCUCCUCUGCCUCCUGAUACCAAGGCCUUGGAUGUUGACCCAAGUUCCAGUACUCUGCGCAAGAUACUCAUGGAACCUAAAUAUGCAUCAGCUCCCAGUUCCAGUUCAGUUUCCAGCAUGCUGAUUACAAGUACCUUGGGGGACCCACGGAUGUCAGAAAAUGAAGCUCCUACUGACCAGGCUUCUGUCAAACCCUCUCCUCCUGAGGACAAACAAACAUCUGUUACUCCACAAUUAACCAUUCAACAGGUCCCCCCGCCACCACCACCUGAAGCACAACAGCCCUUUGGUGAAAAGAUAGUAAAUUCCGUUAUUGCCUCCGCUGGCACAUCUGUAAUUAGUCGCAUUCCAUUAACCUUUGAUUCAUCUGGCAACCGCAGUUCCGGCAUGCAAGUGCCUAAACCAAAACACAGAGUUAGCAUGAAUGAAAGUAGCAGGUAUCACGGAAUUGUUGUCGGCGAUGAAGGGAGUAGUGGUGGCCGUUCCCUAGUGGACAGUGCAGCCUACAGUACGGGCCCUAGCCCUGGCUUGAGGGUCAACACUUCUGAAGGUGUGGUGGUACUGAGCUAUUCUGGUCAGAAAACGGAGGGCCUGCAGCGAAUUUGUGCCAAAAUCAGCCAGAUCCCUCCAGCGAGUGCAGUUGACAUUGAGUUUCAGCAGUCUGUGUCCAAAUCCCAAAUCAAGCAGGAACCACUAACCCCGUCUCAGCCCUCUACACCUAAGGGCUCUCAGACACCUACGGGUUAUGGGCACAGUGGUGGAGUGUUAACAGCUUCACCCUACAACACACAGCCAGUCAUCUCAACUAUCAAACAGGAAAGCCCGGGGCUGGACAAGUCAGAGUCGUCAUACCACUCUGCACCACCAGGUGGAGCCGUGAAAAUACUCCAGCAGUCAGCAGGAAGUCCCCAGGUCUUGGUGUACAACACGGCUAUGAUUCCGCAGCAUUCAAAGAAGGGGGUUGGAGCUGAAUGCUUAUCAAAAAUUGAAUCAAGUAAGCCAUCCCAGCCUCCGAAUCUGAGUCCAGGUAUGAGCCCACACCACCCCUCGUUAGCUGGUAACCAUGUUAGCUCAAGUCCUGGUACCCCUACUGAUAGAACACUUUCACAUCUCAGUGUGGUGAAACAAGAACCUCAUUCUCCCCGAACAUCAGGCCACUCUCCUGCUCCUUUUACCAAAGUGUGCUCAGCCAGCAGCUCUGCCUCUCCCAUUGGUCCACCUUUAGUCCUACCCAGUAUGUCUUCCAUGGCCCCGUAUUCUGCAGGUCCCCACCACCCAGAACAGUCAGUCAUCAUGCCGCCACACAGUGUCACCCAAACGGUUUCCUUGGGACACCUCUCUCAGGGUGAGGUGAGGAUGAACACUCCUCCAUUGCCCUCUAUGGGUUUUGGCAUUCGCUCAGAGUCCAUUUCCUCUCCCCGGCCUGGGCCACAGCAGCGUUCCAGCACUCCCCAACCAGCCAAUAUGCGAGAGAUGGUUUUGCAGUCACACCCUGGUGCGGCUGGGUCUGUUGGAAGUGGUGGGAGUUUUGUGUCUGGGGAUGAAGAUGGCAGAACCUUUCACCAAGCCUUGCGCAGGCCAUCAGCAUCACAGCUGCCGCAGGAUGUGAUGGUGAUGCAGCAGGACUACCGUGGGAUGCAUCACAGCAGCUUGCGGCUGGAACAGUAUGGCUUGCCUCAACGUGACGUUCGUGUUCUUGUGCAUCAUCAGCUAGGGGAACACCCAACCCCGGAGUCACGCCAAGUACGCACCCCUGAAGCUGCCCUGUCUUCCUCAUCCUCCUCAAGCAUCUCUGCUUCUUCAAAGACUCCACCAGGGGGGAAAGCCUUGCCAGGAAAGGAUUCUCAGAAAGUGCUAGAAGGAAAGCUGUCGUCCUCGCCACAUAGUGAGAGCAGGAUCAUUGGGGUUCACCCUUCUGUUCCAGUCAUGGUGUCACCUCAAGGGGUUCAGCUCAUUCCCCCCGGGGCUGCGGGCUCCUUCUCAGAAUACUCACCCGUGUUCCGUGACUUGCGGAGCCUGCACUCCCAGUUCACCGCUCACUCCCCCCUGGGUCUUAACAUGGCUCCCCGAAGUAUUACACCCUCUCAGGAUGGGGACACCAACCACCGCAGCAAAACUCCCCAGGUGACAUCAUCCGGGCAGGUAUCAGCGGCAGUUGAGCCCAAAACGUUGGAGGGCUCACAUAGUCGCACUGCCUACGCAGACUUCACGCACUCAUCUAGCCAGAAGGCGUCACAGUCCUUCCAGUCAAGUCCACUGCCUGCCUCACCGGGUCCCUUGCAGGCACGGCUAGACAGCAAGCCAGAUCCGAUGGUACCCCGACCUGUUGAUACUGCGCAGCUACUUGCGAAGUACCCCAUCGUAUGGCAAGGCCUGUUAGCCCUCAAGAAUGACACGGCUGCUGUCCAGCUGCACUUCGUCUCCGGCAACAAUGUUCUGGCACACAGGUCUCUGCCCCCCCCGGAGGGGGCACCCCUGCUCCGUAUUGCACAGAGGAUGAGACUAGAGGCCUCACAGCUGGAGGGAGUUGCACGUAGGAUGACGGUGGAGAGUGACUAUUGCCUCUUACUGGCGUUGCCAUGUGGACGUAACCAGGAGGAUGUCCUGAACCAGACCCUUGCUCUCAAGAGUGGCUUUAUCACCUACCUACAAGCUAAGCUAGCUGCUGGAAUCAUAAACGUCCCAAACCCUGGGUCCAACCAGCCUGCCUAUGUGUUGCAGAUUUUCCCACCUUGUGAGUUUUCAGAGAGUCACUUGUCCAGUCUGGCACCGGACCUCCUGAACAGCAUUUCCAGCAUCUCUCCACACCUCAUGAUUGUCAUUGCGUCUGUGUGAGACCAGCCACCUCUGUCUUGUGGGAGCUCUUCAUUGCCAGCCUGGUGGACUUUAGCAGUUGGCAACAAAAUGGGAGACGUACCUUGACUGGGAUCUAGGUGGCUGAUUCUGUAAUGUUUACUAGUUUCUCUUCCGCCUUUGCGGGAGGCUCUCUCUCCUUACACCUCCAUCGCCUGUUCCCAGCCUUUUCCCAGUGCCCCCCAGAGACUCAUAAACCACCAUUUAAUGACUGCAUUGGUUCUUGAAGCUCUUCAUUUGAAGUUGGCGGUAUUUUCAUACGAGUGAGAGACUUCGAUUUUGAUGGCUUUUCAAUUUUAAUUUUCAUUCAAAUGGUUGUGGUCUCUUUUUAAUUUUGAUACAACACAUAUCAGAAAAGUCAUUGCACUAUGUGGGAGGGGCUGGAAGACAAACAUGUAAAGAACCGUGUAUGAUAUAAGGACCCCAUUUGAUUUGAUUUAUAAAAAAAUACAGGCUUUAGCAACAAGCCUUACUCCUGGAAAACGUGACACCUUUAAAUAUUUUUAAGGAGUGUGAGAGGACGUCAUGUCAGCCUGUAAAUCGCUUCAGCAUUCCAUCACUUCUGUUGCUCGACAAGAGAAUGUUCAGCACCUGCUGUGUAAUUGCAGGUGCUUCUGGUGAUCAUUUUCCCUGUUUAUGCCUGGUGGGUGGGGGUGGUGGCAGGGGGGGGGAGUAAGUGUAUGCUCCAAUUCCCCACUACACCCCUGCAAGCCCUGAACAGUGAAGUAUCAUGUGGAAUCUUGUAAAUACUAAAAAAAUGUUUAAAGCAACACAUGGAACAGAGGACUUCGCAGGAGAAGCUCCCAUCGCCUGUGAGACGACAGCGGUGUUCCUAAAACGGCAGGUGUUUAUAAAAAGAAAAGUGCCAAAUUUUCUGUGGCGAAAAGGAGAAAAACUAGUUGAACACAACAAGAAGGGUGAACCAUUCCCAUUCUCUAGUUCGUAAGUGCUUAACUUUGGACUUAACUUGUGGCUCCACUCAUUUCUGUACCUUCCUGUGACUUUUAAUUCCAUCCAUCUGGAGCAAACGUACGAGAAGCAAGGCCCUGGAAAGUGGACGUCGUCAGGGGCAGACUUUGAAACGAAGACGGAAACGUUGGGGCUUCGAAAGCUGAAGUGAAAUACUGAAUGUGCAAAUGCUGCAGGUUCGUUUCCUCUCCUCUGAUCUCCCUGAUCAUUUUGUACAAUAAUUCCUGAUUUAAGCCCCGCCCCCCUCACCCAGCUUCUAAGGAGACAGACUAAAGGCAGCCGUAUACAAAUGGGAGAGUACCUUGGGACAUUGUAGAUAUUUUGUGCAUCUGUAGGCUGAUACCUCUCAUGGUAAUAUUGACGGCACUUAAUUUUGAUACACAAACAAAAUGCUACAAAAAAAUAUUAACCCUCCUGCCACCCCUUUAAUUUGGAGCGGUCUUUCAUCUUGAUGUAUAAUUUUUUUAAUGUGUUUGUACUGUGCCUCUAUGAGGUAUCUUUAAAAUGUGUGUAAAAUAAAUUCAUCUUGAUGUA